GACGUACGACCCACGGGAGACACGGAACUCGCCUAAGCUAAAGCAUAUAGGUGUCGCGAUCCGACCGCCGAGAUUGAGGUUAAAAAAAAUCCCCUCGAAGAGGUGCCAUGCUAGAAUGCCACCGAAGGCACCUCCUAGUGGCGAGAUUGCGACAGGCCCCGUGAUUCGACUGAAGUUCGCUGCCCUCUUUCUCUUUUCCUUUCUCUCUCUCUCUCUCUCUUGGUCUCGCUUGGAGAGGGCGAGAGAGACGAGGAAGGAAUCCGCUCGAGGUGCGCGCGAGUCAGCGUUCGUCGACCAGCUUCAGGUCGAUGGGGCUUUAAAAGAGACCAGGAAGAUGGCGUCGUAGAACGGCAGGGCGGACGUCGAGGUAGAGGUUAAGGAAAAAAUGCCACCUCGAGGAGGUAUCGUCCUUGCACCGUCGACGAGGAGGCUCUCUGAUGAACGGGUCGUAACAGGUUGUGUGGGAAAACAAUACGUGUAUCGAAGUUGCAGGCUGGAUUAGCUACGUGGUACAAAUAAAUUUAUAGACGUCCUACGUAAAUCGUUGGCCGUCAAUCGGAUCCUGCUUCUACUUCCACAACUUAUCGAAGAAGCGAGCGAACGGGAACAAGUAUGUCCGUGCUGAAUCAGAGUGGGGAAGAUGCGGUGGAGUGUCCGCUGUGCAUGGAACCUUUGGAAGUCGACGAUUUGAACUUCUUUCCGUGUACCUGUGGAUAUCAGAUAUGCCGCUUCUGUUGGCACAGGAUUCGAACCGACGAGAACGGCUUGUGUCCUGCAUGCCGGAAGGCCUACUCCGAGAACCCCGCCGAUUUCAAGCCCCUCACAAAGGAAGAGAUUUCGAGGUUGAAAAAUGAAAAGAAGUUAAAGGACCAGCAACGGAAGCAGCGGGUCACGGAAAACCGUAAACAUUUAGCGAAUGUGCGUGUAGUACAAAAAAAUCUUGUUUUUGUAGUAGGACUACCCAUGCGACUGGCGGACGCUGACGUUCUCAAAAGGCAUGAGUAUUUCGGAAAAUUCGGGAAGAUCCACAAAGUUGUGAUCAACCAGAGUACUUCCUAUGCCGGAUCUCAGGGUCCCAGCGCCUCAGCCUACGUUACUUACCAGCGACAGGAGGACGCGUUACGCGCAAUAGAGGCGGUGAAUAAUAUCGUCGUGGACGGCAGGACGAUAAAGACCUCGCUGGGCACGACGAAAUAUUGUUCGCACUUUAUGCGUAAUCAGGCGUGCCCUAAGCCAGACUGCAUGUACCUGCACGACCACGGGGACAAGGAGGCCUCGUUUACUAAGGAGGAAAUGCACCAGGGCAAACAUCAGGAGUACGAGCGGAAACUCGUGCAAUCGUUACAUGCCCAUGCGUCUUCCUUACAACGAAAGCCAACCCCUUCGCCACCCGUGACCGGUGGUGGAGUUCGGGAGAACGGGACGGCGAAUACACAACCCAAAGAAGCCUGGCCCUCGUUACAGCCUGGUCAAACGAACAGCACGGCGGCGAACUGCAAGGAGUCGUCGCCGCCGCCCGCGGCCCAGGUGGGCUCGGUGGGUCAGAACAACUCGGAGAACGGCGGCAACGCGGCCGUGCAGUCGAACCACGCGGCGGCGGGCCAGGGUCACCAACACAGCAACAACAACAAGGGCGAGAACGGGACGGGUCUCAGGAGAGGGAAAAGCAACAGCGAGAGCAAGGCGCAGGCGGCGCGGAACAAGCAUAAAAACAGCCAGAACAAGGAGAAGCACGGUGGCACCAGGAUGUCGUCGCGCUCCGAAUCCAGUGCCAUUCCGCUGGGCGGGAACAACCUCGCCGCGGUGCAGAACGGUGCUCAGGAGGACAUCCGGAAUUUCGGGCUGGCGGAGACGACCGUCUCCGGCGGCGAGGUCUCCCAGAAACCCGGCCUGAACUCUCGGUGUAAAUCGGACUCGCAGCAGAUACAGCAGCAAGCGCACCAACAGACUGCUGGCCAGGGCAAGGGGACCAGGACGACGGCCGGAGGGCACCACCAGGUGCAACACGAGCUCAAAGUCAACGGGGUUCUGCGCCACGAGAGGAGUCCCUCGGAGAGCGAGAGCGAGGCCCAGCGAGAGGGCAGCACUCCCGCCAGCACGAUCUCGAGCUCCGAGGACUCGAACGCGAAUCACAACGGGGAACGACUCGGCGAGUCGGUGGCCCUCGACGAGAACGGCAGCACCGCUGUACUAGGUACGUCGCCGGCUAGCACGAAUUCAUCGCAGGGCGGCCGAAGCCAGCAUCCACCUCCAGGGUUGUUGCAUACCGCGAACGGCACCUCGACCGGAUCCCAAAUGCAACUGAACCAUCGGUCCAUCUUUCAGGCGGACAAUAACAGUUUCUUCAGCUCGAACAGCUUCCAAAAGAUCUCCGCCGUCGUCUCGAUGCCUCCCAGCUCCCAAACAGCUAACGUUAGCCUGGACUGGACGAGUACCAGCCUGGCUUCGAUUCCCGAUUCACCGCCUACGGUGCACUCCAGCGAGGACUGGCAAGCCGCCUUUGGAUUCCAGCCCGAGUCUUCGAGGUCGAACCACGAGGUGCACAGGACGAGCCCGGCCAGCUCGCCGGGGAUGCCCUUCAACGGCGAGGACUUCGUCAACGAGGAGGUCUACGCCAAUUCCCGGUAUACCACCCUUACCUCCGACAGCGCCGUCUCCUUCGUCUCGAGUUUACCGGCCAACUCGCCGGCCUCCAAGUUCAUGGCGGACUUCCAGCAGAAUUCCCUGCAGCAGAGGCUCGCCAUGCAGGAAUGCGUGUACAAUGUAUUAAAAGUGCAAAACCAAGAGAACUGCGAGUUCAUCAAGCAGAACGGCCACGCGACGUUGGAGGAGAUGCACAAGCACCACGAGGCCGAGUCCGAGGUCAAGGCCGACGACGACCUCGGCUUCGAUCCCUUCCACGAAACGCAGAAGGCCCUCGCCGAGCUCAUGGAGAACGAGAUGCAACUCCAGCAGCAGAGAGUGUACCAGCAGCAACAGCAGCAACGGCAACAGCAGAGGGAACGGGAGGAGCGGAACAGAGUGCAACAGCCAGGACUCGGCGAGCUCGGCUCGCAGCACUUUCCCCAGGUUGCUCAUAUAGCACAGCUGCAACAGCAGGCGCAACACUUGCAGAACUUGCAGGCUCUUCAGCAAUCGCAUUCCCUAUUAUCGCGUCUUCCGCAGAACUUGGUGGCGGCACCUAGUGGAACGCAGAGUCCGGCUCAGGGUUCCGUGACGGCAGCCAACCUCGGCCAACGCAGUCGUCUACCACCACCGGGAUUCCCGGGCUCGGCGGCCAAUCACAUGAACUCUUUCGGACUCGGUAUUCCGCGACCGGCACCCACGAAUAGCGCUCUCUCGGGUAGUAAAAUAUUGCCGUUCGUGAGUCACACGUCCGGAGUGCUGUUCACGGGGGCCCAGACGCCACAACAGACUCAGUAUCUUCCAAACGGGAAUCCGCUUCUCAAUUCGCAAGGUGUCGGCAAGUGCGCCGGCGAUACCGUCUAUAGCCUCAAGGAUUGGUGCGAGCUUACCAACCAACAUCAGCAACAUCAACACCAGCAGCAGCAGUUCCAUCACCAGUCGUUGCAUCAGAAAGGCGGGUGGAACAACUUCGGGCCGAUUGCCGAUUGGACCUCGAUCGAUCCCGCGAUAGUUAGUUCGUCGAGGCCACUUCAGUUCCAAGCCACCGGCACGUGGCAGCUCCCUCAUGCCUAUCCUGCGCACAGUGCGUCACACGGUUCACAGCAGGAACAAAACGUACCCGCUCAGCACUGGGCUAUGCAGCCACCACCGGGCUUUUCUGCGCCAGCGUCUAGCGCGCAACUCGGUACUCAACCGCCGAAUGUUACUGCACAGCCGCACACAAAACUCAUCUCUGCGGGCUCGGAAAUUGAGAAUGUAUAAAGGACGGGAGGAGGGCCGACGAACAUUAACUACGUACAAGCGCAAGCGGAUAACCGCUAGAACGAGAAAUAACCAGAUAGAGAAGAGAUCGACGAAGGACACUCGUAUCGUUAGACGUCGACGUUACUUCCCUCAAUCCCAUGUUUGACUUAAUCCGACUCGACGGCUCGUUCGUUUACGGAGGAAUCGCGGAAUACGGUGUUGACGUCUUGUAGCUUCUCUCCUGGCGCCACCAGACCUCCGAUAUGUUUGCCGGAGAUUUUCGAGAGACACCGGUGGACCUUCGCGGCGACGUUGAUCGCGAUUACGCAUCAAAUAUUAAACGUUACCUCUCAUCACGGAGAAAAAGCCUAGCGUUCUGAUUUUGCGAUUCUUCGAGUCCCAUGUUGAAACGUCAUGUUAAGUGCAAUACGUUCCGAUUGCGCAUACGCUCUAGUUUGGGUAAACCGCUCUCGGCGUCGAUUAAUCAUCCGAUAUAUUUGGAAAUUUACUUUCUUGGGCAUUCGUUGAUGUAUUUAAACUAUUGUUAAACAGGGCCGAACGAGUCGUUGUAUCUUACGUGCAAUUGUUGCGAUUCUUGAAAUUAUUGCAAGCGGUAAUAUUAUCUCCUUAGCGCCGAGAGCGUAAUCGCAAUUUAUGAAACGAACGUCUUCCUGUUGGGACUGCGAUCGACGAGUGGACGAGGUGUAUUAGCCUUCUUUUUUUUUUAAAUUGAGAGUACGUCGAUUUAUCUUUACGAGAGACGAGAUGAAGAAAGGCGUUCGGUUCUGCAGUCGGUAUCUCUUUAAUCAAUGAUAUACCGGGAUGGAAGAUUCUGCCACGACCGCCCGAACUGCAGGUGGAGAUCAUCGAGAGGAAAUGGAAGAUUAAGCCGAAGUGUCCGCGCGAAGUGUACCUUGAAAUUCUCAUUCUUAAUAUUUAGUAAGAACAACUCUAAGUGACGCUGAGAUUAAGUUUUCGUCUAAGGCAACCGUUGAUAGCUGGAAGAAAUGAAACUAGCCAAAAGUGGAAGAAUUGGUGCGGACCGAUCUGAAAUAGCCAACUGCAGAAAAUUGGUAGAAGAGGAAGGCAGCCGAAAGAGGAUCCAAAGGAUGACGGUCUGGUGAACGAAACUAACGAAGACAUGCUGUACCAACGGGGACGAAUAGUGAACUACUGAGAUUGACCGAAGUCAUGCUGUAAGCAACCAACUGAGAUUUGUAAGGAAAUUCUCUGAGAAACUGGUAUUUGGAAUGAAAAAUGACGCGACGUAGGCUGGAUAAGUGGCGGCCGAUCAAGACCAGCUGGAAGCAAGGAAAAGUAGACAGGAACACGUGUUACUGGGAGAAGCCAAAAUCGAUAUUGUUACACGGAACAGUAUUGUGCAACCUACCGUUGCUGAAAGUAUAAAGAAAAUAAGAGGAGCUACGAGACGGACGAUGCGUCUUCGAAUCUGAAUCUAGCGACGCGACGUUAAGUCGCGCCUUCCGCCCGGAACGAAUUUCCGCCGGUGGAACGCAAUCGAAGGAAGCAAGCGACAAAUCAUGGAUCGUUAUAAAUAACCGUAGAGUAAGACCGCGACGGGGGCGACGUCGGCGGAGGUACGAGAAAGUAAACGGAUUCGUUCUCGCGGCUCUCCGCGGCCAGCCUGGCGUUCCGCAAUUUUCGCGAUCGAGGCAAAUGGAACCAUAGAAGUCGAGCACGAUUUCGCGCAAGAGUACGAUUGAGAUACGACGCGAGCACGAUUAUUAUAAAUUUAAUUGAUUUAAAAAGUAAUCGAGAAAUAUACGUUAAUGCG